AGCUGGACGCAAUCGUUGCUCUUCUGAGUGAGGUCCGAGCAGCUCGCGCAGUAUGACAGCGUGCACUGCUAGGUGCUGAUACUUGCCAAGCAGUUUCCAUAAUCGUAGCUUUCUCCCUGUCAACCGCGUGGAUCAACGACUCAUGAGUCUCCAAAAUCUGCGAGAGAGCAUUGCUGCGGCAGAAGGCAAAGAGCUCGCGUGCAGAUGCCAAGCAUCCACGCUGGCGGAAAUGGCAAGGAAAACGCAUGACGUGCGUUGGGAUUACACAGCAGUGUGUUUUUGGAUUGUGGCAAUUGCCUUAGUCAGAAGGACUACAGCUCGUUCUAGUUCUGACAUCAGCACGGCGGGCUGUCAUUCGAGAAAGGUUGCAGAAGCGGCCGUCAGGCUCCUUCCUGUACCGAUUAGAAGAGGCCCGCCUUACGACAAGGCUGAGCUGAGAAUUGCGAUGAAAGCCCUUGGCGGCAGACCCAGCGGUGCGUAUGCGAGCGGUCUGUGGUGGAGUGAGGUGAUGGAGAGAAGAGGGUCUGUGAAGAGUGCCAAGAACCCCACUAGCGUCUUUCUGAGCUACAGUGUCACGCCUGGCCUUGAUCUGACCUCAACCACAAACCUCUGCCUAUCUCAGUCUGCAAAGCACCGCACACUUGGAGCCGAAGAGCCGAACCGCUUCAUCAGGGAAGGCGUGGGCUUACGAGCGUCGGCUACGCUGCGACAGCCCGAUGCGCAAACUUGUGGCCUCACGCUGUUCUUUCACCGAUGCUUCCCUCGGCGCACCCGCAUCCCACUGCUCAUCGCAUUGGGAGUCGCUGUCAUUCCGCGGAGACCGAAUUGAAAGCUCGUUGGGGGCGCCAUGGUCCUUGCCUAGCGUCUUUCACUGCGGACCACCUGGGCAGCGUGCGAUCGUGCGAAGAAUUCUCU